AUGAACGACUACCUCGCACUCACCCCAGACCUGGACGAUAUGUGGGACUUGCAUGGAUCGAUGAGACAGCAUCUUGAAGGAAUAGAAGAGCAAAUAUGCGGCUUGAAAAACGGAACUGAAGACUUGAUGCAAGAAAACAUGCAAUUGAAGAAUGAACUAGUCUCUUUUCGAAGAAAAGAGAAGCUUUUGCAGUCAGUAUUGACGAAGAUCGAAGCAGAAGCACAACAAAUGGCUACUGGUGACGAUGCUAUGGACGAUGAUAUCUACAUGAUUGGAGGAUCCCAGAAAGCCGCCACAGAAAUUUCAGCUCACCAUGAAGCAGUCUCAUUUCUCACAAAGUUCUUUCAAGAAAAUGUACGGCUAAACGAGAAGGCUCGCCGCCAGGGCGAGCUGCUUGCACAAGCGAAUCGAGAGGCCUCCGAGUCAGCUACUCAGAACUAG